AAUCGCGCGCCACAAAGAUCGUACAGUCACCGUGUGCUUGUACUGUGUGUAUUUUAUCAGUGUUUGCUUUGCUGUUUUCAGUUGUAAGUACAGGCAACAAACCAAUAAAGAUUAAAUUUUUAGCCUGUUCUCAGCUGGUUAGCUCGUGCUGAUACUGGAGACUGUAAACUGGUGUGCAAACCUGGGGCUCGAAGUCGAAGCCAAGAUCAAGAAAUAAUCAUCAAGGUGGAGUGGACAGUACGGUGGUGUCUUGUGCUGAUUUAUUAACAUGUCGACAAAUAAAAAAAUGAAAAAAUUAGAAGACCCUGGUUCUGGUGACGGAAAUGAGUCCCGUGACUACGAUCUUGAAAUCCAGAAGACACUUGAGGAUAUUGACGGUUGUCAAAAUCAAAUCGAUGGACUGAAUGAAAAAGCCAGCGACGAAAUUCUUGAGGUUGAGAAAAAAUAUAACAAGCUAAGAAAACCAUACUUCCAAAAACGCAAUGAUAUCAUUAAGAGGAUACCCCAUUUUUGGGUCACUGCUUUUGUUAACAACAAAAAAAUAGCUGAGAUACUGGAAGAAGAGGAGGAAGAUGCCCUUAGAUACUUGAACAAGUUAGAGGUUGAAGAAUUCGAAGACAUUAAAUCUGGGUACAGGAUUAAUUUUUAUUUCGAUGAGAAUCCGUACUUUGAAAAUGAUGUAUUAACUAAGGAAUUUCAUUUAGGAUCUACUGGAGAUCCAGCAUCGCAGAGCACAGUUAUACGUUGGAAAGAAGGCGCUGAUUUGACAAAAAGAUCCAAGGGUAAAAACCAAUUGAAAGGACGCAAGAGGCCUCUGAGCCACCGAUCGUUUUUCGACUGGUUCACGGAUCAUGGUGAUCCCAGCUCUGAUGAGAUUGCGGAACUGAUUAAAGAUGACAUGUGGCCAAAUCCUCUACAGUACUACUUGGCGCCGGAUAUGGAUGUAGAAAAUGGAAUCGAAGAUGAAGGAGAAGAGAUUGAUAGUGAUGAGGCUGAAGAAGACGAAGAAGCUGGAGAAGAAGGUGAAGAAGUUGGCGAGGGUGAAGAAGUAGAUGACAAUAUAGUUGUUGUUGAAGAUGACGCUGAGGAGGACGAUGAUGAGGAAGAGGCUGUAAAUGACGAAGAAGAUGUUGCGAAUGACGAAGAAGAUCUUUUAGUAGAUGAUGAAGCUGAUCGUGAAGAUGGUGAAGGUGAAGAGCCAGAAUAAAAAUAUAAAGCUGCAACUUUUGUUACACGUUGCUCAGGAUAUUAAAAAUGAAUCACUUAAUUUAGAACCAACAAGUAAAUUAUAUAUAAGGAAAUUAAAAAUACUAUUAAGUACCCAGGGAUUUUUCACGUGACCACCAACUCCUGUCUGGCUCUAUUACUCAUUAAUUGUAUUAAUAGUUGACAAUAGUAUAGAUCAAAAAGAAAAAAAGUUAAGCGCUAGACAGGUGUUGUUAAGUCAGUGCUUUUUGAACCUCAUUGAAACAAUUUUAUUUUUUUUUU